AUGGAUGUUCAAAAUAUAACCUUUACUAAUACAAUGGACGUUCAAAACAUAAUCUCUACUGACUCUGUGACUUCAUUACCUAUACCAGUAUAUUCUGCUGCUAACAACACCACCACUGCCACAGCCACAAGUUCAACAACAUCUUCAAGAAAUAUUUCAGCAGUUUGGGAUAACUUUACAUUAUUAUCAAAUAAACCAAAAGCAAAAUGUAAAUAUUGCAAAAGUAUUCUAGCUUAUAAAAAAGGUACCAGAAUAUCACAUCUCUGGCGCUAUCUUAAAUCUUGUAAUAAAUUUAAAAAAAAUAGGACAUGUAAUGAACAAUCAAAUGGUCAAACCCAUUUAAAUUUUCCUAUUUUAAACAAACAGCAACGUAUAGAAAAUCCAAGCCAAAAAGACCUGGUGGAUAUGAUAAUUCGGGAUGAACUAUGUUUUCAAUUUGUUAAAAAGCCUGGCUUUCGUAAAUUUCUAAGUAGGAUUUUACCUUGCUUUAGUAUGAGCACUGAUACAGUAAAGCAAGAUAUUAUGAAAGGAUACAAUGAAAGAAAAAACUUAAUAAGAACUAUUCUUCAAAAUGCUGAAGGCAGGAUCUCUCUUACUUGUGAUCUACUUCCCUAUCCUCAUACUGAUGCUAAUAUUGGAAAUUGUAUUAAGACUGUAACUAAUGACUAUCUAAUUACUACAAAGUUACAAACUAUUACUCUUGACAAUGCAAGUUUGAAUGAUGUUGCAAUCCAUGAACUAAUUAAUUCUGCUUCGCAGAAUUUAAUUAACAUUAAAAAAGAACUUUUUCAUAAUCACUGUCUUGCUCACAUUUUGAAUCUUAUUGUAAAAGAUGAAUUAAAAGAAAUUUCAGAAACGAUUAUAAAGGCAAUAUAUACAACACCAAGAUGGCGUCAAAUGUUUUUAGAUGUUUGUGAAUAUGAGUCUAUCAAAGCUACAAUCUUGCCUUUAGAUUGCGAGACUAGAUGGAACUCUACUUUCAUCAUGCUACAAUCAGCAAUAAAAAUGGAAAAU